UUCUAAAAUAUAUCGUAUCUAUUUACGAUCUCAACGUUCCUGAUUUCAGAUUUAGCUGUGUGUAUAGUGUACUUGAAAGCUGAGGAGAAUGGAUGACAACAAUGUAAGUAUUGUAAGCCUAAUUGAAGUGCAGCCUACAGAUUACCUCUCCCAGUGUGAGGUGUUUGACAGCACAGGUCCAGGUAUUAUAACAGCUGAGUGGAAUCUUUCAUCAGAGUCAACACAUCUUGAUGACAACUUGCGUCAAAUCAAGUCAGAGGUAGAAACUGAUGCGAUUGAAUACAAACAUUUACAUGUUGUUGACUCCCCAAGUACUGAUGACGGUUUAGUUCCUUUUUUUGUCCAAGACGUGGAUGAAACUAUGAGGCAUCACUUGAACUCUACACAAUCCAUCUUCUACUGCGAUGUUUGUAAUCAAAUUUUCUAUUCAGACUCUCAGUUGAGAAGCCAUCUUGAUUCUCAUCUUGAAAUUAAAUUUUACAACUGUGUUAACAGCGACCAGGAUUUUCAAUCACCUGAUGAUUUGGUCCCCAAUGUUCUUGCACAUAAUAUUAAAAAAAGGGCUAAUAGUCAAAAUUCACAGGAAACCCAUAAAAAAAAGUAUAGAACUAAAUCAGUGUUGAAAUCAAAUGAAAGGAGUGUUGUGUCUUCAUCAAAGCGUGUAUGUAAAAGGUACAAGUGCCUUGACUGUAAUAAGCAGUUUAAAAACGCAGGAGGCUUGAACCUUCAUGUGCUCAUUCAUAUUAAAAAAAGUGCCAAAAACUCUAACAAGAAGUUCUACUACACCCUGCGCAGACAAGGUUCUAAAACUGGUUUUAAAUCCACCCACCCCAACAAGAUACACACAAGAAAAGUUCCCCAUAAGCGGGAGAUUUGUAUAAAGAAAACACAGCAACACAGUAAAGACAAAACAAAACGGCAACUAUCUCAUAAAAAAGUGAAAGCAUCUGCUAUUACAAUCAAUGAAACAAAAUCAAACUCUCCAAAGAUUCUGAAAGAUUCUGAAAAAUGUCAACCAUUACAUAAAGAAAAGAAACAAUCCACACAAGCUAUUACUAGACCGGGGCCGAAACUUAAAAACAAUUUGAAAGAGAACAAACCACUGUGUCUAAGACCAGACCUUAUAUGUCCAAUCUGUAAUAAAAAAUUUACGUCAAAUAGCAAGUUUAAGAUCCAUCAGGUAGUGCAUUCAGAAGAGAGACCUUUUGCUUGUUCGGUCUGUGAUAAGAAGUUUAAAUACAAGAACAGUUUAGAGUAUCAUGAGCGUAUACAUUCUGAUCAGCUUUUCCCUUGCAGCACGUGCGGUAAAAGAUUCACAAGAGAGUCUGGGUUAAAACGACAUCAGAUUGUGCAUGUGGACUUUAGGCACUACGCCUGUGAUAUUUGUAACAAGAAGCUUCAAAGUCUGGAUGGCUUAAGAAAACAUGUGCAGAUCCAUCUGAAGCUGACUCCGGAAGAGGGUGGCCUGCCUAGUAAAAACACAACCAAAGUAAAGCCAGAAAACUUGACCUGUAGAAUCUGUCAUAAAAUGCAGAACUCUUUAAAAAGUCUGAGAAAUCACGAGUCGCUCCAUACAAAAGAAAAGCUCCUGAUUUGCAACUACUGCGGUAAAAGAUUUUUUUACCCGAUCCAUUUACACCGGCAUCUGCAAAUGCAUUCGGAUGUCAGACAAUUCUCGUGUAUGGAGUGUGGCAGGUGCUACAAGCAGAUGACAAGCCUGGCAUCUCACAUGAAAAUUCACGGAAACAUUAAGCUGAUCAGCUGUGAUAAGUGUGAUAGGAAAUUCAGCCAGCCUUCACACUUAAAGAGACAUCUGCUAGUGCAUUCAGAGACCAAGCAGUUCAUUUGCAUUGUGUGUGAUCAGCAGUUUAAAUUUCCAAACAGUUUGAAGGAUCAUCUGCUUCGAGUGCAUGCUAUUUCCACUUGAUUGUUGUUGUUAGAUCAUUUUAGUAGUUCAGGGAUAGUGCAUGGUGAAACAUACUUAUUUAUUUGUUCUUUAUAAACAAGUGGAAACUAAAUUAAAAGUCCUGUUAUUUGAAUAGCCCACAUUUUGAAGUGAGAGACAUCAUGGACAAAUGGUGGAGUUGUCGACCUUAAAGUUUUGAGUUUGGAUCCCUGGCGUGAGUCCAUAGGAUGUUCCUCAGUCUUGUUAGAAAUAAUGCUGACCACAUUACUCCUUUAUUUGCUGAGGUCAUUGAAACUGGUGAACUCUACUCCACCUGUCCCAUGGCGCGAAAGGGUAAAUUACAAUUUAAAUAUGAAUUUUCCUUUUGUUGUUUUAAUGUUUGAAGAAGACAUUUUAACCUGUUAACAAUUUUUAUUGGUGUAAGCAUGCAUCAUUUUUUUUAAAUUCAAAACUUUAGUUUAUUCUUAUUAUAAGAUUGGUUUUUACUAAGAUAAAGCUAAAAACACACACAUAUAUGUAUCUUGUGUAAUUUUUGACUCUCUCAAAAUGGACUGGACACAGCUAAUGAAAACAGUACUACACAAUAAUUAAAUUAAGCAUUCAAUAUUAUGGAAGUUAUUUUGUGUAAAUAAUUUAUACACGAUGUUAAUAGAUUUAAAAAAAGUAACAUUUCUAUUUUAUUCUCUAAUGAAGUGCAUUUUUUUUUAUUUUUAAAUUAAACCAUGUACUACCAUAGUCGUAAAAGUGCCCUUUAAAACUUUUAACUCUUGUUUAUUAAA